AUGGCCGACCAGCGCCCUGGCAUGCGCAUGCCGAAUGGCAUGUCUGGAGGCAUGGCAGGUGGCAUGCCCGCCAACAUGCAGGCCAACAUGCAGGCCAAUCUGCCCGCCAACAUGCAGGCCAACAUGCAGGCCAACAUGGCUGGCAUGAUGCCCAUCAACUUUCUUCUGCCCGAAUCUUAUUUUCUGCCCAACAUGGCACAAUCCACCGACUUUAGCAACGUCUCGCGCGCGCCCUGGGCAACGUCAUCAUCCGCAACCACUUUUCCUCACAUGCCAGGCUCUGUAUUAAUGCCCAACAUGUUUCCAAUGGAGUGGUUGAAACAACAUGCGGCAUUUGUCAAUCCUCAACAGAUGGAGCACCACGGCUUCCCCAGUGGUUCCAUGGGCGCCUCGGCCUCGGAUGCCCAGCGCAUGAUCAUGCAGGCCGCCAGCGCCGUAGCUGCCAACGCUGCCAACGCCGCCAACGCGAGCGCCGCCAGCGCUGCCGCCCGCAAGUUCUCCCAACAGCAGCAGACCACAGCCCCCUCCCAAUCCGCACAGCAACAAGUGUCCACACCUUCGUGGACCCCGAGCAGUGCUACGCGGGCCCCGUCAGCAGGCAACCCAGCCCUUUCAGCCAAAUCCACGGCCGCUUCAGGGGGCAACGCCGCAUCGGGGUCAUCUGGAAACACAGCCACUGCCUCGGCUGUUCGUCAAAAUUCCGCUUCUGCCCAGCCCGCCGCUCCUUCGCCCCGCAAAACACCCCGCAAGGGUCAAGUCAGCGCCGUGACCGACGAAUUUGCUUCCAACGUUCCCUCUUCCAAGCCCGCCACCGCCACAGGCGGCGCCGGCGGUGUCAGUGCCGGCAACAAGGGCAGUACAGGUGCCAAAGGCUCGAGCGGCAACGCCAAGGACGGAACCUCCACGACAACUUCUCGUAAAGAGCGAUCCAGCGGUGCUGGUAGCAAGCGUUCCUCCUCCACGGCGAAUAAGAACAGUUCAGGCGAACCUGCCGCCAAGAGUAGUGCUCGCUCGUCAACCACCUCAGCUGCCAAUCGUGACGCCAAGGGCGCAAGUCGACGCAUCUCUGUCAAACGUUACCCUGUCCAGUCAAUGCACUACAAAUGUGGUUCCACGCCCAGCGACUUUCCCAUCAAGGGCAUUCCUGGACACUUUCCCGAUCCAGCCAUUGUCAACGUGCGCGAGGCUCCAACCCCCACUUUUCAGUCCUAUCUUGAUGCCCCACGUUUCAAGACCCGCAUCUCGACGGGCUUGCACCGGCGCAUCUCGGGCCUUCAUAAGCAGUUGUGCCUUGUCUCCGGCAAUGGUCCCGAUGGGCACGAGACCGACGCACCAGAAAAUGAUGAAUACAAUGCUCUGUUGCAAAUGUUGACCUCAAUCACCGAGACCAACAGCGACUUGAAGGAGCAAGUCAAUUUGUGCCACGCUGUUCUGACAAACUGUCGGGCUCGCAAGCAAGCCUAUCGUCAAGACAUGCGCCGCGUUGACGAGAUUAUGACUGUCCGAUUGCAACAGCAUCAAAACUCCAUCGCUGAAAUGGUGGCCAAACGCGGCGACAAGUCCUACGCCUCAUUGCCUGCCCACGUGAAACAGCUGACUGCCAAGAACACGGGACCUUCAGCUGCCAAUCAGCCUGCCAGUCGCCGACGCAGCAGCGGCGUCAAGGGCCGCACUCCUACCCGAUAGGAUCCGUGCCUUUGCCGCGAUGCAUCGGUCGCCGUGCGGCCUUUUGUGACCAUCUUGCCUUUUAGCUGGUGUGUGCCACUUCACGUGACUGUUUCAAGUUGAGCAGGAUAGGUUUUGGUCUGCAGUUUGUUCACCAGUACUCGUUGUAAGGCCUCUUCGCUGGGUCAUCUGUCUUAAGUCCUCCUGUAUCUGGCUCAAUUG